UCGAAGAACAAACUAAACAAAACGACAUGGCCCACGCUGACCUGAAGGAAACUUUUGAAAAGGAAAGAACUGAAAAGCAGAAUGAGGAUAAUGAGGCUCCAGUGUCAACAAAAGACAACGAGGAGCCCAACGCUGUCACUGGUGUACUGCAAAAGAAAUCUGAUGACAAUCUCAAGAAGAAGCUUCCAGAGGAUGACACAGACCAGAAAGCUGUGGAAGAUGUUGCCGACAAAUUUGCUGGCCUCGCCGUGGAUACAGAUUCACAGUCUACUUUACAAGCUACACCGCCCAGUCCGGAUCGCGUACCAGCUGUCCCUCCUCAGGAUUCUGUGCCUAUUGUGCCCAAUGCAUUGGUCGUGAAUGCGCGAUCCCUACGCAAAAACAAGUCGUUCCUACAGCGUCGUCUUGAUGAUGAUCUCAACUGGGCGCACGUCAUUCUGGUGUCCGAAACUUGGUACAAGGAUAAACAUACCGACAUUGAAAGAAGCAUAAAUAGGUAUAAUGGUUUCUUUGAAGAUCGAAAGGAAGAGUUAACAAGGAAGGGUAAAGGAGGGGGUGCGGCGAUCUAUCUCUCAGCUGCAGAUUGUUCAGAAGCAAAGUAUGUGUACAAAGAAUCCUAUCCUCAUAGCGAGGCUGUAGGGGUCACCUUCGUGUUCAGAGGCGUGGUAUGGUUGGCGGUGUGUAUUUACAGUGUAUCCAUAACAUGGGAAGAUGAAGAGGAACGAACGAAUUGGAACAACAAAUUCAUUCAGUCGGUACUUGCCAGCGAAGGACCUAGAGGCAUAGAUUUGGAACAGACCAUUAUAGCCGGUGGAGACCUGAAUCACAGUAAAGUGACAUUGCCUGGUUUCACCAACUACGUAACAACCAGAACUCGGGAAGACGCCAUCCUCGACCUACUCUACACCAAUCUCGCCAGGGGUUGGGAUUUUGUGAAGACCGUACACACAUACAGAUCUCGGAUCAUUUCAUUGUGA